GGGUCACCGUUCAUUUGCACUCCGGUUACUCACUUACAAACAGCCGCGCAUCCUCCCCACUCGUCCGGCCCGGUCAAUUCCGUAACCACCGCCACAUCCGUCUCCACUAAACACAUCACCACCACCUAACCAGCCUGCGCGCCAGACUCGUGAGUCGUGGUUUGUCCCGCCACAUCCCCCGCCCGUUCCCGCCGUCAGAAGCAUCGCAACAAGAGGUGCCGACGCCGACGCUGCAUCCCCCUCGCUAUUCGCUAACCGUAACAUCGUCACUCGUUCGGUAGUCCGCCAUAUUUAGCGUGUUUUCGUUACUGAACCGUCCCGGUCAGCCGGCCGCUACCGCAACGACGACGGUCAAACGCGCCAAUUUCGAUUGCUCGUCACGGUCCCGCUCAAUUAAUCGUUAACCAACAACCCUGCGUGGCACUGUGCUCCUCGCUCGAUGUCUGUUGAGAUACGACCGACGUGCAGUGUCCGACGACGACGACGAAGACAUGACGUAAGCAACGGACCCACACGCUCGACACAUUGACGGGUGGUUACCGACAAACAGCUCAGCGAUCGGGAACCGCGGAUUUCGGGUGAGUACGCGUUAUGGACAUUCGCCGUUUACGUUUUACCGGUUUCGUUUACGACGCGUUUCGUCGUCACGCGUCCACGUUCCCGAUCGUUACCACCCACGCUCGAAACUGGGUACUCUAUGGUUGCUGCACUAUAAACCCUUACUGUCGGUGAAUAGUGCCCAGUGUCAGAUUUGGAAUAAUUCGGUGUUCAACACCCACAACAAUUGGAUAAGUAUGGUUAGUUACUCUUCAAGAAUCAAAAUCAAAAUGAAUGAAGUUAAUAUGGCUAGUAAUCAAGAAAUAAAUAUGCAAUCAUGUACCAUAAAUGAUUUAUGCAGAUUAUGUGCAAAUUUUGAUGAAAAUUUGAUACCAAUAUAUGCUGAUGAAGGAGCAGAUCAUAUGUUAGAAAACAAAAUAAAAACUCAUCUUCCAUUUAUAAAUAUUUCUGAAAAUGAUCUAUUACCAAAAAGAGUAUGUUAUCAUUGUGCUUCUGCUGUGCUUGUAUGGAAUGAGUUAUAUGAAUGCAGUACUGAUGCAGACCAAAAACUUAGAAGUAUGUUUGAACCAAUUCCAUUUGACCAAAAUCAGUGCAAGGAUAUUCAAGAAGAUGAAAGGCUACAUCGAUCACUUAAAAGGUACAUUGACUUGACAGAACCAGAAGAAACAUUGAAAAUAAUUCCUACUAAAGAAACUCCUCUAUCAAACAAUUAUUCCUGUUCAUUUUGUUUUGAAAAGUUUUUAAAGAUUAGAGAUAAAGUGAAGCAUGACCGUGAUGUUCAUGGUGUUCAGUCUAAUAUACUGCCAUUAAAAUAUGUAAGUGAAGGGUAUACAGAUAAUUUUAAAAUUUCAAAUGUUGAAGAAAACUGUGCAGAUAAAAAUCUUUUAAGCAUAGUUAAUGUAAGCAAUACAAAAUCAACACAAGACUUGAAAGUAAAUGAUUAUAAUGAUGUAUUAUGCAUUGUAUGUAAUGUUUCUUUUAAAUCUUCAUUUGAAAAGUUAGAGCAUGACCAAAAAUUGCAUAAUGUGCAGAUGACUACACGAAGAAGUAAACGUGUUGGUGUAACUAAAAGUUAUGGUGAAUUAUUUGAUGAUGAAUCUGAUUUUGAUGAAGAAACAAAAAAUAAUUCUUUAAAUUCAGAACAGUUCAAUAGUAAUUGUGUUGAAUCUAAUUCAACUGACCAAAAAAGUGAUAAUGAAAUGGAUUUAAAAAAAGAGAAAGACUUGGAAGAUAUAAAAGAUGAACUUGACGAAUCUGAUGAAAAGUCUGAUAUUGAAGAUUUCAAAUGUUAUUACUGUAAUGAACAAUUCCCUUCUAAACAUUUAGCUUCAAAACACGUUCGUUCACAUAUGCUAAAUGAUAAAAAGACAAUUCCAAAAAGUGACAUUUAUGAUAAGUAUAAAGUUAUGAUAGAUAAUAAAUUAUAUUAUAAAUGCGAUCAGUGUAACUAUAAUGUUGAAGGUAGACGAUACAAGUUUGUGUAUCAUAUGAGGGUGCACACCGGUGAAAAACCAUAUGCUUGUGAAAUUUGUAGUAAACAGUUUCGUACUGCAGCAUUUUUAAGACGACACAUUGUGUGUUUUCAUGAAAAAGUUCGUAGUUAUCAGUGUGACAUUUGUGGACGUUCAUUUUCUGAAAAACGUAAUGUUGAUGAUCAUAGACGUACACAUACUGGUGAACGACCAUUUGUUUGUGAAACAUGUGGUAAAAGUUUUGCCCAAAGAUCAUCAAUGAAAAUUCAUUGGAAACAAAUGCAUGAAAGCAUAAAAGCACAUAAAUGUGAAUAUUGUGGCAAAAGUUUUAUCAGAAGAUGUCAUUUAGUUGCACAUUUAACCCAUCAUACUGGAGUGCGUAAUUAUAUAUGUGCAGUAUGUGGUAAAGCAUUUUUGCGCAGUGGUACACUUAAAGGUCAUACAGCGGUACACAGUUCAGAAAGACCUUU